CUGCAGGAACUCAAAAUGUAAACACUGCGUAGUAGCCAUGUUAAAGGAGCUGCCAAUGCUAGUAUAAGACAAAGAUGUUUCUUUUAGAGAACAGUGCUGUAUACUUCAAUGUUUUUCUGCUAGUUAUUUUCUCUAACUCUGUUGCUAGCUUUAAGCUUUAGCUUUACAAGCGGUGUUGGCUGGUUUUGUAUUGUAAGUUAGCUAAGCAGCUGUAGCUACCGGUAAUUGCUAGCUUAGCUGCAGUUUGAUAGAGAAUAAGCCAAACAUGAACUCUCUGGUCGGUUAUGUCGUCUCUUCGGGGUCUGACAGCGAUGAAGACACAGACGGUGGAAAAAACAACAACACAGUUGGGUGGGUACUCUCUUAAAAUUACAGACUCUAAAUCAGAAAUUAGCUAAAUGCAGUAACAUUAGCACGCCAGCUCACACAAUUUCGUAACUUCUUUGCACAUUUAUACCUUCAAGUGGUGAGACUGCGGAUGAGACAUCAGCUGUCAAACGCACCCGCAACUUCUUGUUGGAGCCUGGUUCAACUUCCAGCGAGUCAGAGAGUGAACCAGAACCAGAGGGAGAAGAUCCAGAGUCCUCAUCAUCAUCUCCAACACCAGCAGGGACUUACCUGGCAGCUCUCCAACCCACUCUUUCGCCACCUUGCUCGGGCUCGAAUAAACUACCUCCCCCUACUCUGAAUACGAGCUCCGACAGCAGUGUGUUUGCCAAUCCUUUCAAGGCACAGGCGGACCAGAAGCUCAGCGCCCUGCAGAAACACGUCCCCCUCACACUGCAGGCCAAACCCUCUCAGAUAGGAGGGAAGAGGGUGUGUGUGUCCUACAGGAAAGAUGGAAGGUGUAGGUUUGGGAUAAAAUGCAAGUUUGCUCAUGACAGUGACCUCCAGACCCCGGUCACUAUCACUGACUGUAACCAACCUGUCAAUGAAGAAACACCAGCAUCUGAUCCAGUCCAGUGCAACGAAAGCGAUUCAUCAUGUAGUGGAUCCCAGACCCCCCAGCAAGAGACAAAAGAGAAAGAGUCAGGGGGGCAACAGGUGAAGAAGAGGAAGGUUGGACUGAGUAACACCUUGAUUCCUCCCAAACGGGCUAUGAAACAGUAUGCCAUGCUUAGGGACAGAGAGCAGGUCAAUAUGCGUUGAUGCAUUUGUUUUCAUAAGCUUUAACACUGUGUUGUCACAAAGCAAUAGUAUUAAUGUACCUUUAAAGGGAUAUUCAGGCAUAAGGGGGGGGGGGGUCUAACUCGGUGUUACAGUGUGUUUGACCCUAAAUUAAUUUUACACCAGAAUAUACCUUUAAUAUACCUUUAAAAAAAGUAUUGUGAAUAAAGUUUGCACUGUAAAUUGUAGGACCAAUUAAUAACUCAGGUAAACACAUCUGGGGAAUGCUUUUGUCCACAAUAACCCACAAUUAAGCUACACACACACACACACAUCAAGAGCAAUAUACAGUUUCUCAGAUGGAGCUUUUGAUUACAUCACUGAUCUAUGCUAAGUGGCUGCAGCCCUAAAUUAAUCUGGAGAGGGUUCUAGGUUUCUAUUCCAACAUGAUGGUCUCAAAAAGUCAAUGAAUACACACACUCUGGGUAAAUGUUAAGACAUUUAUUUACAUUGUAUGAACACUUUUUGUGUCUCUCCUACCAUACACGUCCUAUUUCACAAAUCAGAGAGGUGCAGAUUUUAGUAUUGACAUAAAUUCUAAGGUUUCUACCAUGUUUUGCUAAUUAAAUUAUAUAGCGUCAUAAGUUAUUGGGGGGAAAAAGGAUUUCUAAUUCAGCUUGCUGUUAUUUUAUGGGUUCAUCAGUGGUUUACAAAGUUAAAGGUCAUCUUUUGGCACUCUAUUAUAGCAGAGGACUUUUGUGAGUAGGCGUAUCUCAUUCAUACUAUUAUUCCUUCACUUGAACCAACAGCUAGGACCUAGGAUUGAUGGCACUGCCUAAAACAUGUACAAAUAUGCACAUUUUGUAGUUUUUUGUCCUCUAGACUAAUAAAGGUCUCUCUAUACCUCUUUUGACUGUUUGCUGCCCUCUACCUUUCCGAAUAAAGGCUUUAAAGUAGAUCUGGAUUACAAAUGAAAAAA